GGGAAUGUAAAUUAUAACAAAUUUAGAAAUUAAAUGGAUUAAAUCUAGGUGUGUAUUGAUUUUUGAAACCCUACGUCAUUUUUCACCAGUGAGAUUCGAGAGUAAACGAAAAUGUUAGCAGAAGACAAUACUUACCCUGGGGUUGUCAAGACUGGAGGGUAUGUGUUUGAAGAUGGCACUAAAUACAUCGGAGACUGGAAUUCAAAAGGACAGAUGCACGGUUUGGGGAUACUACUUCUUCCUAACUACACUAGGUACCACGGGACAUUUUUGGCAAAUGUGUGUUCCGGGCUUGGUGUAAUGAAUUUUCCUGAUGGGGCAAAAUACGAAGGUGAGUUGAUGCAAGGUUGGUUUCACGGACAUGGUGUCUUUUGGAGGAACGAUGGCACAAAGUAUGAAGGAGAAUUCAGAGGUGGAAGGAUUUGGGGGCUGGGACUUGUGACUUUUUCUGAUGGCACUCACGGCUUCCCAAGAAUGGAGGGCUAUUUCCAAGACUGCCGAUUUUUGAGGCGUAAACCGUGCCAAGAUGUUGUUCAAAGGGCUCAGAAAAUAUCUCUAUUAGCAAGAGCCCAAGUUCAGUUUGAUAAGACUCAAAAAGAAAUCUAACGCAGCAGUCAGGCGAAAACUACGAUGUAAGAGUGAACUGUUCAAACACGACUUCUGUGCCAACUGGGUUGAUAAUCGGGGUGUACAGCGAAGAGGGCGAUUUGAAAGGGCAGACUGCGGACUUCACUCCAGCAGGGAAAAAGUUCAACGAUAGCGUUAAAGGGUUCGUAAAGGAUCAAUUGCUGAGAACGCUUCCCCUU